GGCUAAGAUAGUUCAUACAUGCAGUACUUAAAUAGACCUGCAUUUCCUCGAAGUGUUUUUGUAGUUGUAGAGCUAUAUAGCUGCACAGGAGGUAUAGAGCAUAUAGCGUAGACAGCCGAUUCACGGUGUUAAAAUCACCAACUGGAUAGGCCUACAUUACCGAAAUCUGAAAAAUGGUCAAGUUCGGAUAUUGGUCAAUACGUGGGUACGCCCAGCCUAUACGGUACCUAAUGAAGUACGCAGGACAGCCAUUUGAAGAGAAGCUUUACCACCAGAAGGGACCACCCGAUUUUGACAAGUCUGAGUGGAGAAACGUUAAGGACAAACUGAAUUUGGACUUUCCCAAUCUGCCGUAUUACCUUGACGAGAAGGAAGGUGUCAGACUGUCUCAGAGCAAGGCAAUUCUCCUCUAUCUGGCCAGGAAACACAAAUUAGUCGCCACGAAAGAAGAGGACAUCCAGAGACAAGAUGUUGUGUUCUUUGAAUCCAUCGAUUUACAUAACAGCUUCUUUUUCCUGACCUAUCAGCCAAGCUUUUUGGAGAUGCGUGAAGACUAUGUUGCGAAAGAUUUGCCACUAAAGCUGAAAUUGUUCGAGGACUUUUUAGGAGACCGGAAAUUCUUCGUCGGGGAUAAGGUAAAUUUCGCUGAUUUCAACGUGUAUGAGGCCAUUUACGUCCACACAGUGCUCGCCCCUGACUGCCUGAAGGACUUCCCCAAACUAAGGGCUUUCAUGAAGCGAUUCGAAGAAUUGAAGGGUGUGAAAGAAUACAUCAAGUCGAAGGAACAUUUGAAAGAACCUAUCUGUUCAAGAGCUUCCUACUUCUCAAACGGAAACGAUGAGGAACCCGAAGAAAAAAAGUAGUGUUGUGAAAGAACCUAAGUUGGUUCACUAAGUAUGUUCAUUUAAAUGUAAAUGUGUGAUGACUGUAAAUUGGAUACGUUGUGAAGCUUCGACAUUUAAAAGAAACAUUUGGGACAACAUGCGUUCUUUUCUACUGCUGUACAAGUAGCUAACUCACAGGUUCCGUUUAAAGUAACAUUGUCGUCCAUUUUGUACCACUAAAGUAGGUGAUUUAGAAACGUAAUUAAACAUGAAUAAGAACCUUAAUGUAUUCUAUUCGUUGUGUAUUGAAAGAAUAAUAGAAGGGAAGGAAAUCAGAAUGUAGGUCUCGAGUGUUUUUUAAAAAAAAUUCAAAUCACUGAAAAGCAAGCUGCAAUGUCUUGCUUAUAUUGUAAUAGCGACUAUUGACCUUGAUGUUUAUUUCUGUAUUGUACAAAUUAGCACAAUGCUAGAUAUUGUAUUUCGUUAUGUAUUGUAGAUAAAGUCCACUCCAAACCUUCUUAAAGCCCCGCAGGACUUUUAAAACGAGAUAUUAAGAUUCGGGUGUACAAUAUACAUGCACACAGUUGUAUAUGUACUUCUUGUUCCAUCUGAUUUGAACACGUCACUUCCUUUCUUGCCAUUUAUCCAGAACUUCCUUCUUUCUAAUUUUGAAGAUGUACAUGUCAAUCUGUCAGUCUUACAAAAGCAGUUUACUGGCAAUUUGUAAGCUUUGUAAAUUUGUAAGCUAUGUAAACUUUCUGUCUUCCGAAUAAAGGAAAUCAAAUGUGAGAGCUUUUUCUGUGU